AUGUCUUUUCUGGUUAUUGUCCUACUUGCCAUUAUGGAGCCGUAUAUCCUGCGUUAUUUGCUAUCCGAAAUGAUGUUUCAUCAGACCAGUGCCAUUUCAAAAGUCAGCGAGCCUAACAAACAUAGAGCACUUUUCAGAACAGCGGCUGCUAUAGAUCAUGCCACUCCGAGAAAAGAAAUGCAGCAAUUUACCAUGGUUUUGAAAACGGGGAUGCAGUUUCACGGUUACCCAAAGACGCCUCACCUUGGUGGGACGUCACGGACGGUUGGGCCGUAA